AUGGCAAGUGGCUAUCGCUCCAGGAGUCGUUCGAAACUGAUCGGCAGCUUGAGUCUCUAUGUCGCUGUUGAACAGUUCUCGGACUUGAAAUGUUUGAUCUCGAACGAAAGACGAAAGACUACUUGGACUCGGGUUGCUCCUUGUUGUGGUGCAGAUGCUCCGCCUCCGCCUGGGUUUUCUAGACUGGUCAAGUCUGCCCAACACAGCAUGAUCAAGUCGAUCGACUACAAUGUUGCCAUUGCCUCCAACCAGACACUCGUGCACGGCUUCGUACAAGAGCCAAAUGGGAGAGGCACUCUCAGCAUCCUGCUAAGUUGUCUAGCAGUCCUCCUCCUCAACACUUGGACAGUAUUGCACCUGAACAUACCUCCGCACAGUUCGACAUGGCGGAACUACCUACACAAAGUCAAAUGGUGGAUUAUUGCUCUGAUCUGUCCAGAUGGACUCGCCGUGAGCUCUUGCGAGCAAUGGCGCAAUGCCAGAAGAUCGGUGAAAGCUCUGAAGAAAACAUACCCAUGGUGGACGAUCACUCACGGUUUCUACGCUGAGAUGGGUGGCUACAGAAUCGUAUCUGCAGAUGGGCAGAGGCAGAUGUAUAUUUUCCGUGUCAAGGAGCUCAUAUGGCUCACUGAGCAUGGCGUCUUAGUGAUUCCUGAGAUCACACUCGAAGAGUUGCACGACAAAAGCAACGCAGACUGGCUAGUGAAAGGUAUAGCCUUGGCUCAAUCCACUUGGUUCAUGCUACAAAUUUGCGCCCGAGUCAAUCAACAUCUCACCAUCGCAACACUCGAGCUCGCGACCGUUGCUUUCAUCGGAUGUACAGGCUUGAUGUACUUCUUCUGGUGGCACAAGCCCAUGGAUCUCGAAACCUUCACUCCAAUCCUCGAUCCGGGUCUGACCUCGGCGCAGCUUUGCGAGUUGGCGCGAGGUAUAUGUCUCCUUCACGAAGUAUCUGAGUGGUAUCGCCCUCCUCCAAAAGAAGCUCACGAUCAUGGUUGGGAUUGGUUCUGGUUUGAAAAGCCAAUGAACAUCAUGCACCUGGAAGUCAUCAGCAGGGGUAAUCAAGUGCCCGCAGACCUGCGCGCCAUCGUGAAGGACAACUUUACGGCUCAUGCUCGUGUCACGUCUUGGUUCAUGCCAGCCGUGAAUGAAAGCCACAGCUCCGAAUGGGGACCAUGGGAUCAUUUGUGCGUUUUUUCCAUAGGAACCAUGUUCAACGGCAUCCACUGCGCAGCGUGGAAAUUUACUUUCGCUUCACGGACAGAAUCGGUGCUCUGGAAGACGUCGGUUUGCAUCAUGUUAGCGGUCAUAUAUCUCUGGGUUCCGAUCUCAGCCAUGACUUGGUGGCUGCCGAACCGGUCCCGGCUGAAAUCUCUUCCUUAUUGGUUUGCAACGUUUUGCUACUUCUUGGCCCGCAUAUAUCUUCUAUUCGAGGUGUUCUUUGGUAUGAGAGCCUUGGAACCGACAAUAUUCCUUUCGGUGAACUGGUCGCAGUAUAUCCCGCAUGCGCAAUGA